AUGUUGGAAUACACCGAUCAUUACCUCAAUAACGAUCUACUUUCACCCACGUUGGGCCAAGGCAGCAGCCUUGGAAAUGGAAAUAAUAGGGGCAGCUUCGAAGAAUACCAUCAGCCCAAGCCCAACAGCGGCGACCCCAUACCCAAUAUCAUCACUGCUUCUAUCAACGAGACUACUGCUACUAAUAAUAAACCCCUCAAUGAAAUAGGUGGCCAUCUACAGCCAACGCCCACAAUUAAAGGCACGCCCAGUGACUGUUCAUCAUCAUCAACCAUCACCAAGAUACCCACCGUUGAUAGUCCUCUGUUUCGAAAAAACUAUCUAACUUCUAAGAUGCUUGACUCUCUCAAGAAUAAGAGUGCCCUCCGUGGAAAGAUGGUCUACGGCCAUGUGUAUAGUCAUAACGAUCAUAAUCAUAUACACGGUCACGUCCAUAAAGAAAAUUCUUCUAAUUGUCAGCUAGAACUGUGGAGACCCUUGGGCAAUGGUGCCCAGCUGAAACCUCAGGUGGAUAACAAUACUCUGCUGAUGUUCAAUAAUAAUAAUAAUAAUAAAUAUGGUACAACCUCGACUAAUGGUAACACGCUUGGACUUGACUAUUUGCAAGCGUUUGAGCCUCAGCUAGUUACCAUUUGUUGUGACAAGGAACACAAAAGAAAAGUUGUGAAACCCGAAGCAUCAACGACCGAUCCAAAUAACAAUAAUGGUGCUACUAAUCAGCAUCACCAUCAUCACCAUCAUCAUCAUAAUCAUGAUCACGGCACUCCGGAACAACACCAUUUGCAUCAAUGUUCUACGUCCGAGCUCGAUCUUAUAAACUCCUGUUUUGAUUUUGAUUUUUGCGAUGAAGUAUCGUGUAAUGACUUUGUAUGCGAUAACUAUAUUCAUAAUAUUAAUCAUGGUGCAAACGGCAGUAUAGUUAAUAAUAAUAACAACAACAACAACAACAACAACAACAGCAGCAACAACAACAACAAUAAUAAUAAUAACAAUUUCGGCACCACCAUGGAAAGACCUACAAAUCCCGCACAACCAUUCAACUGUCCGAUUUUUGUGAACCCCUCUAAUAAUAACUUAGACCAUCAUAAUUGUAAUAAUGGUUUCAACUAUGAUUCUGCCUUGGAGUCCAACGUCGAGUUUCCUUCGAAUUCUACUGCCGAAACGUCUCCUAAUAGUGAUUGUGGUGUUAAUAGUAAUUUCAUCAAUAAUAAUAAUAAUAACAAAGCGGUCCACAACAGUUUUAUCUUAAACCCAAUGACAAACGAACUCAGUUGCAUUCUGUGCAAAGAUGAUUAUCUGGGCUCUAAAAAUAUCAAGCCCAAUGCUAACAAUAACUGUAAUUGGUUCGGAAUGAAUAUCCAAGAGGAUUUGAAGAAUAUCAAAGUAUCCAUGCCUAGCCCCAAGUCUGUGAAUGGUAAGGAUAAAAAUCGUUCUUUUGAUUAUCAGCCUUACUCGUUCAACAAUAUGUUUUUCACCGAUAAUGAUAUUAAUAUCAACGCGGUCCCUCCACAAAAUUCAUACAUUGAUCGGUUCAAUGACAUUCAAGGAUUUUCCCGACCAACAAGUUUCCUCAGAAGUGGCCUUAAUGAUAAUAACCCCGACCAAUCGAAACGAAGAUUUUCGGAGAUUACCGAUGACCAAUCAAAGAAAUCAUUGCCAAUGUCAAAGAGAAUGAAACCGUUGGAGAAACAAACGUGCCAUUGGCAUGAUUGUACCUCAACCAUCGACCCUAAAAAUUUUCAACAACAUAUUUUCAAAGAUCAUUUACUUCCAUCAUUUAACCAUUUUGCCACUGAUAAAAAACCGUUUAUGAUGGAUGGCGAUACCUCGUCUUUUGAUAAGAUGCUCAAGAUAUUUCAGGAUAACAAUUCUGAGCAAAUCAUGGGCUAUGGAACUUCGGGGGGCGAUAUUUCUAGUGUGGUUAAUGAUUUGAAUUGUAAAUGGGAUGAUUGUGACUUUCAAAGUCUUGAUUUCGCCGGGUUGUUUGAUCACGUCAAUAAAGAACAUGGACAAACUUUUGAUAAUAAUCAACUUGAUUCCAUGCCAUUGAUGUCUGCUACAAAAUUAUCAAUAGAUAAUACUCCUCCUUCGCCACAAGCGCUCCUGCAAGUCCAACCAACCACUGAAACUCCCAAAAAGUUUACUUGUCUUUGGGAAUCGGCUGAUGGUACUCAUCAAUGUAAUGAAACCUUCAAAGAUACUUCGGAGCUUACUGAUCAUAUAAUUUCCCAGCACGUUGGUCUGGGUAAAUCGCAGUACGUUUGUCACUGGCACGGGUGUGAGCGGAACGGGAAAGUGUUCAACCAGCGUCAGAAAAUCAUUCGUCAUCUUCACGUUCACACAAAACACAAACCUUUCAAAUGUGACAUUUGCGGGCAUUCUUUUUCGGUGGAAGCGAUGUUACAACAACAUCAACGGGUUCACAGUGGGGAAAAACCAUUCCAUUGCAAAUUGUGUGGCAAGCGUUUUGCUAAUUCAUCAAGUUUAUCAAUCCAUACUCGGACGCAUACUGGGGAAAAACCCCUCGCGUGCAAGUUUCCUGGUUGUAAUAAGCGGUUUAGUGAAAGUAGUAAUUUGGCAAAACAUAUGCGAACCCAUGCUAAGAAGUACAAGUGUGAUAAAUGUACCAAGAGUUUCGAAAAGUUGCAACAGUUGGAAAACCACAUGUUGAAGCACGGAAAGGAUGAUGAGAGUAGUGAUAGGAAAAUGAGGAAAUGA